AAUUGGCACGCGUGCCAGGGGUUGCCGACCACUGGUCUAGACUCUAGACAGAGCUAGACCUAGAGAGACUGCGUGUCCUUUCGAUAUUUUUUCCCGUUCCGGUAAGUACCGAGACACUGGUUUAGCUUGAUUUGUUCUAUUGCCAUACAUCCAACACAGCAGUUGUCACUGGGUUGACUUGUAAGUCAUAAAGCCAUUUACGACUUUAAUUUGGACACUUGUCAUAAAAAUAACUAACUAGAACUGUUGAGCAAGACACUUUUUACGCUGAUUUCAGUAACAGUAUCUUCUUUAAAAUCAAGUGUGGUGAAAUAAUUAGAUACAAGAAAAUGUCAUCGGGACGACUGACUGGGAAAGCAGCUCUCGUUACAGGUGGUGGCAGAGGAAUCGGACGAGCAGUUUGUCAAGUUUUUGCAAAAGAAGGAGCCAGUGUUGCUGUUCUUGACAUUGAUGAAAACGGGAUAAAAGAAACUAUAAAACUACUGCAAAGCGAUCAAAAUAAUAAACAUUGUGCAGUCAAAGCUGAUGUAUCUUCUCUUGAACAUGUAGAACAAGCUUUGAAAACCGCCCAACAAAAUCUCGACAAACAAAUAACUAUUCUUGUUAAUUGUGCUGGAAUAUUGAAAGGAACCACUAUUGAAGAAUUUGAUGAAGUCAUCAAAGUGAAUUUGAAAGGCACGUUUCUUAUGUCUCAAAAGUUUGUGGCUUCACUGAAAAACUCAAGUGUGGAAGAGGAAACUAGAGGUAUCGUGGUGAAUCUGUCAAGCAUUGCAGGUAUUCGAGCAAGCGUGGUAUCAUCGACUUACUCAGCCUCCAAAUUUGGAGUUAUAGGAUUGACUAAGACCAUGGCAUUAGAGUUCCAAAAACACAGAGUUCGAUUUAAUGCCGUAUUGCCAGAUAUGAUUGACACCCUUAUGCUUGAUGGCGUUGACAAAACCGAGAAUGCUAUUGGGCAAAAUCCAAUGCAAAGACUCGGUAAAGCUGAGGAAGUAGCGAAUGUUUGUUUAUUUCUAGCAUCAGAUGAAAGUUCAUACGUCAACGGUGCGUGUAUCGAAGUUACCGGGGGAAACCGCUGCUAAAGGAAGUAGUUUCAAUUCGAAUAAAACAUGAACUAGAAAAUGAAUAAAAAAUAUAACCAAGAAAGUCGUAUAAUCAAGAAAAAAAAAAUAGAAAUUGAUUAUUAAAAGAUUUUGAUCGCAUGCCCUUUCCGAUCAUAUUAUUCAUUUUAAGCUUUUCAAAAAUAAUGAAAACUUAAAUAUUCGAUGUUUUUGUUUAGGUUUAGGUUUAACAAUUUAUUUGAUCAAUGUCACGUACAUUACAAUGCAAAACAGUAAAUAUAUUGUAAGCAAUGUGUUAUAUGCUAUAGUUAAA